UUUAAUCGAACGCCGAUGUAAGGCUGGCAGCAAACGACCUUUAGUUUAGCUGGUUAAUUUUAAACCUACAACCGUUAAGUCGUUGUAUCUGUAUCUGUAAUGGUCAUUGCAACCAUUUAAUUAACAAGCACCUGAAUGGCAACUUUAAGACUGAAGAUGACUGUUCUUGCUCCAGGGAGACACAUAAUAUCAGGGGUUCCUGUGUGGAGAUGUCGUCCGCUGAUAAUCAGAGCAGCAAACUACACAACAAGAGUUCAGCUGCAGUUUCAGUCUCAAGCCUCCUCAGUGCUGCUUCCCUCCAGAGUAAAUUCUUCAAACAGGUUGCUGAACAUCAGCCCCGUGAGCUGGCAUGCCUUACGUCUCUGUCACAGUGACUCAAAAGAGGCUACAGAGAGAGGUCAAAGCAAAGAAGGGUUUAGUUUGAAGGCCCUCACUCAGGCCCCCAAACCAGCUCUGUAUCUUGGUUUCUCUGGUCUCAUCCCGUUCCUGUCUGCCCCUCUCCUGAUGGCAGCCACUCAGUCCUUCUUCCCUGAAAUUGCCUUUGCUCAAGUGGUCUACGGUGCCUCCAUAGUCUCCUUUCUCGGCGGUGCACGCUGGGGUUUCGCCCUCCCUGCUGGUAGUCCUGCUCAGCCAGACUGGAUGAACUUGGGGAACAGUGUGGUGCCUUCACUGCUGGCCUGGCUGGCUUUGCUCUGCAGGGACAACAUUACAGAGGGAGCUCUGGUAGUUAUUAUGGGACUGGGCCUCUCUCUCCACUACGACCUCACCCUGCUGCCGGGCUACCCCUCCUGGUUUAAAGCUAUGCGAACUGUCCUCACUCUGGUGGCCACUUUCUCACUGGUGGCUACUUUGACAAUUAAAAAAUUCUUCCCAGAAAAGAAGAUAAAAGAAAUUCAGAACUGAUUCAAAAGGACAGUUUAUACUUUAAGCCACAUGGACUUAAUAAAGUUUUGAAUUUA